CCUCCCCAGGUGYUCCCAAGAUGCAGUGGGGGGGCAGGUCCUCUCAGAGCUCUUCACCAACAGAAAGGAGAACAUUCCCUUCAGGUUCUCCGAAGACUGCCUCUACCUGAACAUCUACACUCCUGCCGACUUGACCAAGAAAAGCAGGCUGCCGGUGAUGGUCUGGAUCCACGGAGGGGGUCUGGUGGUGGGCGGGGCAUCCACCUAUGAUGGACUGCCCCUCUCUGCCCUGGAAAACGUGGUGGUGGUGACCAUCCAGUACCGCCUGGGCAUCUGGGGGUUCUUCAGCACCGGGGAUGAGCAUGGCCGGGGGAACUGGGGUCACCUGGAYCAGGUGGCUGCUCUGCGCUGGGUCCAGGACAACAUUGCCAACUUUGGAGGRAACCCAGGCUCUGUGACCAUCUUUGGAGAGUCAGCAGGAGGACAAAGUGUCUCUGUUCUUGUGCUGUCUCCUCUGGCCAAGAACCUCUUCCACAGGGCCAUCUCAGAGAGUGGCGUGGCCCUCACUGCUGCCUUGUUCAGGAAGGACAUCAAGCCCGUGGCUGAGAAAAUUGCUAUUACCGCUGGGUGUAAAACCACCACGUCUGCAGUCAUGGUUCACUGCUUGCGCCAGAAGACAGAGGAGGAGCUCCUGGAGACCACGCUGAAAAUGAAUUUUUUUAGCCUUGAUUUAUUUGGAGACCCCAGAGAGAGCUAUCCUUUCCUCCCCACUGUGGUUGACGGAGUGUUGCUGCCCAAGACACCUGAAGAGAUUUUGGCUGAAAAGAAUUUCAACACUGUCCCCUACAUGGUGGGAAUCAACAAGCAAGAGUUUGGCUGGAUCAUUCCGAUGAUGAUGGGCUACCCUCUCUCUGAAGGCAAACUGGACCAGCAGAUGGCCACAGCCCUCUUGUGGAAGUCCUAUCCCCUUGUUAACCUCUCUGAGGAACUGACUCCAGUGGCCACUGAGAAGUAUUUAGGAGGGACAGACGACCCUGUCAGAAAGAAAGACCUGUUCCUGGAUUUGAUUGCUGAUGUAGUGUUUGGUAUCCCAUCUGUGACUGUGGCCCGUGGCCACAGAGAUGCCAGAGCCCCCACCUACAUGUAUGAGUUUCAGUAUCGUCCGAGCUUCGCAUCAGACAAGAGACCCAAGGCGGUGCUAGGAGACCAUGGGGAUGAGCUCUUCUCAGUAUUUGGGGCUCCAUUUUUAAAAGAGGGCGCCUCAGAAGAGGAGAUCAACCUCAGCAAGAUGAUGAUGAAAUUCUGGGCCAACUUUGCUCGCCAUGGGAACCCCAAUGGGAAGGGUCUGCCCCACUGGCCAGAGUACAACCAAAAGGAAGAGUAUCUGCAGAUUGGCGCCAACACUCAAGUAGCCACGGGGCUGAAAGACAAGGAAGUGGUUUUCUGGACUGAGCUCAAGGCCAAGGAGGCAUCGAGGAGACCUCCCAAGAGAGAACAUGUGGAGCUGUGAAUGGGAGGCCGAGCCGGUCUCCAGAGACUGGAGCCACCAAGCAGUGCCUUCCAGCAAAGUCGUCCAAAGAGGCAGCUUCGGUGGCGGUGGCUGGAGAAUGUGCAGUAGAAGUGGGCAGAGGCCAGGGAGCAGGGAUGUUUGUACCUGUGGCUUUGAUUUGGAGAAUAAAUGUUCUUUUG